CCUGCUCUGGAAGCCUGUGGGGGGCGGCGCAUGCGCGGGAGGGUCCUCUUUCCCCCCUCCCUCCCGCAGAGCCGGCCCGGUUGGUGCGGACUCGGAGGCCGAAGAGCCGGAGGAGUCUCCGCCGCCGCCGCGGGUAGGAAGAGGCAGGCCGGAGGAGGGAGCCAGACGCCGUUGCCGCGCCGGCACCGCCUUGGGGCAUGGCCGUCAAUGUGUAUUCCACAUCUGUGACUAGCGAGAACCUGAGUCGCCAUGACAUGCUAUCAUGGGUCAACGACUCCCUGCAGCUCAACUACACCAAGAUUGAACAGCUCUGCUCAGGUGCUGCUUAUUGCCAGUUCAUGGACAUGCUGUUUCCAGGCUGCAUCCAUUUGAGGAAGGUGAAAUUUCAGGCCAAGUUGGAGCAUGAGUAUAUCCACAACUUCAAAGUGUUGCAGGCAGCUUUCAAAAAGAUGGGUGUGGACAAGAUUAUCCCAGUAGAGAAGUUGGUGAAGGGGAAGUUCCAAGACAACUUUGAGUUUAUUCAGUGGUUUAAGAAAUUCUUCGAUGCCAACUACGACGGAAAGGAAUACAAUCCAUUGCUGGCAAGGCAAGGCCAAGACGUGGCUCCCCCUCCAAACCCAGGUGAUCAGAACUUCAACAAAUCCAAGAAACCCAUUGGCACUGCAGUCCCACAGAGAACCUCCCCAACAGGCCCUAAGAACUUGCAGAAUCCAGCCAGGAUGAACAUCGCUCCCAGCAAUAUUGUACGGAAAAACACUCCUUUGGCCCGGAACGGAGGCAGCGAAGCCGAUGCCCAGAUCCUGGAGUUAAACCAGCAGUUGAUGGACCUGAAGCUGACGGUGGAUGGGCUGGAGAAGGAACGUGACUUCUACUUCAGCAAACUGCGAGACAUCGAGCUGAUCUGCCAGGAGCAUGAGAGUGAGAACAGCCCCAUCAUAUCAGGCAUCAUAAGCAUCUUGUAUGCCACAGAGGAAGGCUUUGCCCCCCCAGAGGACGACGAGCUGGACGAGCAGCAGCAGCAGCAUCCGGAGGACCAGGAUGAAUACUAGUUCUGCACUCGCUCGUUGUCUGCCAUGACAGACCACCCCAUGCUCCUCACUGACCAUGGACAUUUAAGGUUUUUGCGUUGUACAGCCUUGUCCUGCACAGUCCACACAUUAUAACAGGUUUCUUACCAGUACAAAGAGGCCCACGGUGGUUUCUGUAAGUUUUGCAGAUCCCGCAGGAAGCCCCAUGACGACAUGGUAAAUAGGCAGCUGUAGAGGGAGGAGACCAGUGCUGUAAAUAGGCCUGUGGUGGGGCAGGACGCCCAGCAUGGUGCCCUGGGCUCCUUCCCCUCCUCGCCGUAUCUCAUCCCACCCCCAUAUUCCUUAUUUAUUGAUUUUUUUCCCCCCCAGUUGUCUUGGGUGUGAGCGCUCCCAACCCCCCUUGUAUUAUAUUGAGAGACAAAUUCUUUGUAUAUUUUUCCGUACUGGAUUUCGCUAGCACUUUGCCUAUUGUGUUCAUGCCGAGCCAAGCUUCGGCACCCCCUCCUGACUUUGGGGGUGGGGGUGUCUGAGCCUGGAGGAGGCCAAGCCCAGAACUGGAAGCUUGCUCAGUGGGGUGGGGGAUGGGUUGGACGCAGAAUAUUUAUUUAUUGGGGGUGGGGUGGAUUUUAAUGAUGCUUCUGGGAAUGUGGCUUUUCCAGCUGCUCUGUCUGACAUAUCGAGUGGGUGUGAGGGAAGGGAACGGAGCCCUCAUUCUGUUUGGGGCUUCAUGGCUGAACCUGGGGGGACACGGCAGCCCUGCAGCUGGGAGCAGCUGGGUGAGUGGAAGCCCCACUGAGAAUGAUCUUUCUCCAUACAUGCCUCUUAUUUGAGUUCCACCCAAUUGCACUGGGGACUCACCAACUAGGAGGGGCUCAGGUCUCCUCCCCCACCCAUGGUUCUGGCCCCAUUGAGGUUUAGUUCAUGCUGUUUUGACAAGAUUGCCACACAGACUCUGCCUUGACCCCGUUCCCUGUUUGCAUUGCCUGUCCAAUCACAGACACUGGUGUGCAAAGCCUGCAUCUGUGUUGCGUUUUAUUUAAAAUAAACUUGUGUGGUUUAAAAA